AAGAGGAGGAGGAGGAGGAAGGAGGAAGGACACGCGCGGGUUGCGUCCUGGCCGCGCCAUGCCUGCGCUGCUGCGGCCGUGACGCGCGCUUGGAGCAUGAAGACGACGCGCAAGUGUCGCGCCCUGCUGUCCGUGGGCCUGAACCUGGUGGCGCUCUUCUUCUCCACCACCGCCUUCAUCACCACCUACUGGUGCGAGGGCACGCAGCGCGUCCCCAAGCCCAACUGCAGCCCGCAGCGGCGCCACAACUGCAUCGACUACGGCGUCAACGAGACGGACCAGAGCAAGGUGCACUACAGCUGGGAGACCGGCGACGACCGCUUCCUCUUCCGCCGCUUCCACACCGGCAUCUGGUACUCGUGCGAGGAGAACAUCCAUGGGGCAGGUGAGAAGUGUCGCAGCUUCAUUGACCUGGCCCCCGCGUCAGAGAGAGGCGUGUUGUGGUUGUCGGUGGUGUCCGAGGUUCUUUACAUCCUGCUGCUUGUGGUGGGCUUCAGUCUGAUGUGUUUGGAGCUUUUCCACUCCAGCAACGUCAUCGACGGACUCAAGCUCAACGCCUUCGCCGCCGUUUUCACCGUGCUGUCCGGUCUUCUAGGUAUGGUGGCCCACAUGAUGUACACACAAGUGUUUCAGAUCACAGUCAGUCUGGGUCCUGAAGACUGGAGGCCUCACAGCUGGGACUAUGGUUGGUCGUUCUGCAUGGCAUGGGGUUCCUUCACGUGCUGCAUGGCCGCCUCCGUCACCACGCUCAACUCCUACACCAAAACUGUAAUCGAGUUCCGCCACAAGCGCAAACUGUUCGAGCAGGGCCUCCGCGAGGAACAGAACUUCCUGGACCAGGAGGCCUUCCACUACUUCCGGGACCGCUCCCUGCAGUCCAUCUCCGGCACCCUGGAUGUCUACACCGGCCACGGGGGCAUAGCCGGUCCCGAUCCCGACUCUGGACCAGGGCCUGGUCGGGGGAAGAUGAGAGCGGCCUCCAUAGACUUGGGCGAGAACACGGACUCACUGGGGGAGGAGCAGUGCUGAGACUCCUGGGACAGAACCCUGACACAGUUCUGAGCUCAGAUGCGAAUGUGCUUUAUGUGUUUUAUCAGCUCAAAUAGACUUGAUAAGAGAGAGAAAGUUAGUGAGACAUGAAGACUCUCUUUGUUUAUAUAUGACUAAUUAUACACAGUAUGAUGAUAACAACACAACAUAUAUGACCCAACUUUUGGUCUGUUUGUGAAAGUUAGCGUUUUCAAGAUGCCACAAGUAGUAUUUGAAUGUAACACGGUGACGUCCGUCCAUUGAAUAACCAGAAACCAGUGCCCUGAACGUUACGUAGUGUGUAACAGGAAGAGAAGCUAGCAGGUGACAUUAAAUUGCAUCACUUGUUUACACUUUACCACAGGGGUGCUUCAGUUUUUUCCAUUGAGGGCCGCACACUGAAACAUUAAAACAUGCGGGGUCCAUUUUCCUAGUUUUCAUUUUAAAAACCAAACCAAUUUGUGGGGGUGCCCCUCAAGUUUGGUCCCGGGCACCCCCACAAAAGUCAUUUGUUAUUUUUUAAUUUUUUUUAAUAUCCAACGCUUCUAUCUCUAGAUCAACUUAAAAAAAAUAUGAUUUAUGCCCUUUUUGUUAUAGAAAAAAAAAUGUUAUGGCAAAAACACAAAACAUGCAAUAUUUUCCACAAAAAAACAUUUCAAAGGGGAAUAUUUGAUGUGACGUAAUUGGAUCCUUGAAUAGAUUAAUAUUUCAAAACACUGAUCUUGAUUCAUUAUGAUUUUUUUCUUUUUUUUCUAAUGAAUUUAUUAAUCAAUUCAACAAAACAAUACACAGCAAUACCAUAACAAUGCAAUCCAAUUCCAAAACCAAACCCGACCCAGCAACAUUCAGAAUAGCAAUAAACGGAGCAAUUGAGGACACACAAACAUGACACGGAACAAUCUAAAAGUAGUGAAACAAAAAUGAAUAUUAUCAACAACAGUAUCAAUAUAGUAACAAUUUCAAAAUAGCAGUGAUUAAAAAUCCCUCAUUGAUAUUAUCACUAAAAACAUUAAUAAAAAUAAAUAAAAAAUGAACAAUAGUGUCACAGUGGCUUACACUUGCAUCGCAUCUCAUAAGCUUGACAACACACUGUGUCCAAUAUUUUCCACAAAGAUAUAAUAAGUCAUAUUUUGGUUCAUUUAAUAGUCAAAACAAAUUUAAAUAAUGGAUCCCAUAUUCCAAUAUAUGACUCAUUAUUAUCUAAACUAAAUGUAGUUUUUUCUACUGAUAUCAUUUUUUAUCUUUUUUAUUUUUUAGCAAAAGCAGUUAAGAAAAUAAAUCACACUAAAAAUCCUGGGGAUCCAAAAAGGCCCCACUUAUGAAAGUGUUAAAAAUAAAUCAGACAUCCUUUUGUUUGUUUGAACACUUAAAUCAGUAGAUCAGCUUCAAAUCGAUAUGCUACUUUUAUUUUUUUUUUAUGUAUUUAAAUUUGUUUGUCAAAUAAUACUUUGUUUUUUUUUUAUAUGGCAAACACACAAAAUAUGCAACAUUUUCACCCCCAAAUAUUUCAAAGUGGAAUAUUUGAUGUGAGGUAAUUGGAGCCUUGAAUAGGUCAAUAAUUCAUAACAACAUUGGUUUAAUUCAUUGUAUUUUUUGAGUAUUGAGGGUUUUUUUAUAAAUUCCACAAAAAUUAUUGGGAAUCCAAAAGGGCCCCACUAACGAAAGUGUUACAAAUUAGUCAAACAUGCUUUUUUCUUUCAGCAUUUAAAUCUUAUCAACUUCAGAUUUAUUUGUGAAGUACAAAAUGUUAUAUUUUUUGUUAUUUUUGUUUGUUUCAUGCCCUUUUUAGUUUUCGAAAUGGCAAACACAAAAUAUGCAACAUUUUCCCCAAAAAAUAUUUCAAGGUGGAAUAUUUGAUGUGAAGUAAUUGGAGCCUUGAAUAGGGUCAAUAAUUCAUAACAACAUUACGUUUGAUUCGUUAUUUUUUUUUAGCAAUGACAGCUUUAAAGAAAAAAAACAGCCUGCAUGGCAGCUUCCUGUUAUUAGAGCCUACCUUGCAAAUGUUUCUCUUUAUAUUUAUAUAAUUUAUAUAUUAUUUCACCUGUUUGCUCUUUUCUUCUACCCUUUAUUUUUUUUUUUAAUAGUAUUUUUAGAAUGCGCUAAAUGCCGUAUAAAAAGUAUCUGCGGGCCACAAAUGGCCCCCAGCUGCACUUUGAACACCCCUGGUUUAACAUGUCUGAAAAGGAGUAGAAAGAUGCAGACCCUACCCCUUUCAGCACUUCCUGACAGUUUGUUCACCUCCUGUGACUCAUAAUCAGUGUUAAUUAUCUCAUGUUGUUCAUUAGGACAAAAUGCUACACGUAGCACUUUGAACCAACUUUAUUUACAGGCGGUUCAUUGACACUGAAUGUGAACACUUUAAAGCACAGUUGUGUUCUGCGAAAACCAACUAUUCUUACACAGCUUGUGUUUUGUACAGUAUUUGUACCGAUCCUUGGACCCAGUUGAAACACAAACAAUAGCAUUACAAUACAGAUAUUUACUCAGAAGUUAGUGCUGUCAAAUGUUAGAGCGCACUUUCUUCCAGUCAGGGUUCUGCGAUAUUUGUGAGUUUUACUGUCAUUAAGCUGUCAUUGUUGCAACAUGUAAGAACUAAAGAGAUCAAGAACAAGCUUUUUGGUGUUAAACUAUAUGUGGUGUGGUGUUUAUCUAUUUGAAUGAAUAUGCACAUGAAUAAAC